CCCGCCGCCGGCAGCGUCCGACCCCUGCAGGAGCGUCUGCCGCGCCAGCGCCUGCCCGUCUGCCCGUCUGACCGUCUGACCGUCUGGGGCUCGCAGGAUGCACGUCUUCGCCUGCCUCGUCGGCUGUCUGCUGCUGUCGGCUGCUGCCGUGGCAGCACCGGCUGGUAGUGAGCAGGCCAACCUGGUGUUGUCCGUGCUCGAGAAGCUCGGGGCGGAUAUCCAGAACAGCACGAAGGAUGGGAAGAGCGUGAGCAAAACGGAUUCGGCCAAGCGGACAGAAAUCUCGGCACCGGGACCGUCCUCCACACAGGCAGUCCUCACCUCCGCAGCCGGCACGCCCGAGGGCGAGGAGACGUCGAGCAGCACAGUGCUGGCCACCGGGAAGGGUGACGCCGGCCCGGACGGUCUCUCGGGCAGCCUGUCUGUGGUGGGCGGUGGAUCCAAUACCGACGGCUCUGGCGCCGGCUCCGACGGAACGGCCCUGGUCGGCAGCGUCGCCGUCAAGAACGGCAAGAUCUCCGUCACCACGGCCAUCAUCAAGACGGACGGGCACUCGGACAAGGGCACCAACACCGGCACCCUUGGCAUGACCACAUCUGUCGCCCCCGACGGCGACGCCAAGGGUAUCCACGAGUCGGGCUCGACAUCAGGCCCGGCCAAGGAGUCCACCUCGCAGGGCGACCUGCAGCUCGGCUCCUCGGUCGGUGAUGUUUCCUCCGAGGUCACCGUGUCUGGCGGCUCGCAGACCACCAAGAAGGACUCACCUCCGAAGCCGAAGAAGAGGGAGUCUGCCAUCGACCGGGCCACAAGACGUCUGGGUCUGGAUUAGCCCGACCCGUUCGGUCCUGGACCGACGUAUUGUUGAGAGGGGUGGGGGGGGGGGGGGGAGUAGCUCUGUUUUGAUGACCCGAAACCGUGAUCUUCCGGAAAAACAUUGUCUAGAAGUGCUAAUCUAGCUGCAACAUGAGGCGUAUUGCUCAGAGACGAUUCUGGCGGGAAGAAUAUUUCACCAUUUUCGCAUUGAUCACGCUACCAGUGCAACGAAAGCAAAAUGAGGCGAAGGGUUGUUGGGCUUGCUUUUGUGGUGCCAAAAUGUGGACACACCUCGCAAUUCCGGUUUAUGUUUGAAUAAAACGAAUUUGUAAUGAA